CACCGUAUGGGAGUGGUUUCUUAGAAUCGAAUGAAUCCUGCUGAAUGUAAGGUUUUUCAAUUCCUGUAGCCGAACUAUUACUUUGUCAAGUCAAAAGGGUUUAAGGGAACACUAUUAGCGCUUAUUUUGUCUAACAAAUCACUGCCGCUGGAUGGUUGGUGAUUCAUAAGUUGCGUUCCCCUAACAUGUGCUGUGUCUGACGAGGCUGACCCGUGCUGCCGAGACCCUCAGGAAGACCAUGCUGUCCCUCCUGCUGCCCACUCUGCUUGCUGUGCAAGCUCUCGCUGUCCUGGAAGUGUAUGUCCCAGAGCUGCCAGUGGUGGCGCUGUAUGGCAUGGACACCACCCUCAACUGUUCCUUCAGCCACGCCUCUCCCUUCAACCUGUCUGACCUCAGUGUCUUCUGGCAGCUGACGGACACCAAGCGCAGUGUGCACAGCUACUGGGCUAGCCAGGACCAGCUGGCAGACCAGGUAGAGCACUACGCCAACCGCACCAGCCUGUACCCCUCUCAGCUGGGCGAGGGCAACGCUUCGCUCCUCUUGAGAGGGGUCCGGGUGGCCGAUGAGGGUAGCUACACCUGCUUCGUCAGGGUGAAGGACUACGGAAGUGCAGCCCUACUGCUCCAGGUAGCAGCCCCCUACUCCAAGCCUCUGGUGACCCUGGAGCCAGACUCCAACCUGCGGCCGGGUGACGAGGUGGCGCUGACCUGCGUGGCGUACGGUGGCUACCCUGAGGCUGACGUACUGUGGCAGGACGGGGGCGGGCACAACCUGACAGACAACGUCACCACCUCCCUGGUGGCCAAUGAGGAGGGGCUGUUCAGCAUGCUCAGUGUCCUGACUGUCACCCUGGAGCCCAAUAGCACUUACAGCUGCAGACUGACCAACCCAUUAUUGGGCGAGGACGGCCACGCCUCCGUCACCAUCACAGGUCAGAACAUGGUGUUUCCCCCGGUGGCUCUGUGGGUGACGGUGGGCCUGGCUGUGUGUCUGCUGGGUCUGCUCAUCGCCCUGGCUGCAGUCUGCCGUAGGAAGAUCAAGGAGAGCUGUGAGGAGGACAGAGCAGCCAAGGAGCUUGAAGAGGCCAAAGAGCUGCAGGAAGAGGAGCAGUCUAAGACAGCCAUGACCCCCCUGAAAAGCUAAAGACAAAAGAACACAGCAGUGAGGAGGCAGACGGUGAGACAGCGAUGAGUCUUAUAUUUAAUCCCACUACACCUAUCCAUCAACGGAGAGACUGGUUCCACUGUCUCCUACCCACACAGUUUCCAGUCCUUACUGAGCUGACAAUGAGUCCAUCAUACCCAUCCCUACAGGACCACUUCCUCCUGGGCUUCCAAAAAGACAUAAACCCAUCAUGUCCUAUUACAGCACUCUACAUUUCCCUUCCCCUGCUACUCCUUCGAUUAACAAAGUAUAUGAACGCGGGUGUGGAGUCAUAUUCAUUUCUAUGUAAUAGGCUAAAGAGAAGCUCCACUUGAAGGCCAUUGGAUUUGACAGACUCCCUGUCUCGAACCUGGACAACAUUUUCUCUUCACUAUGUAUCGAGGUAGGAAGUUUGAGAGGCCCAGAAUCUCAUUUCUAAUAGGAAGUGAACAGCUUAAGAGAUGACCAAGCUGAGGCUGCCAUCUGCGUCUCCCUAGCUGCCUACCUGCCAGAGACAGAGUGUAGCUGUGUAACUCUCCAUUUACUCCUCGACUCACUAAUUAAUGGUUGCCCGUGGAGUAACUUGUACCUGUCAGUGUCUACCGCUCUCGUAUAUUCAGUAACUUGGGGGAAUUGAAAUUGAAUGCCAGCUAAGCUCGAACAAACUGCAAAUGGUGCAUGGGAUACACCCUGGUUCUCUCAGUGACCUGACAGCAGCGUUAUAUGUAAGGUUUUUAAUGAACAUGGACUCUUCUCAGCUACUCUUGACUGCCAAGGUGGAAUGUUUUAUGAAUUCAAGAUGGAGGCUGGAAGGCUGGGUGGGUGAUUGUAUAAGUUCUGUUACAGUAUACAGGUACUCGAGCAGGUCCUUGUGCCAAAUGUUAAUGUGCGUAUAAAUGCCAAAGCCGUCCAUAAAAGAACCCAGUGCCGAUUCGCAUUAAAGAGACAUGGUGAAAAUGUUCCCGAGCGGUCACUGGUAAUUAUUGCGUCCAUUUCCAGGGCCACUGCAUGUGUGUUCAUGGAGAACAAGGUCCACUCUAUUACACAUAUCUCCUUACCCAUGGGAUUAGCCACACUGCUCACAAUUCAUACCUCCACUUCUCCAUUAGAGCUGAUUUAUCUGCAGACGACACUCCUCUACAUAAUGAGGAAAACAAGAAUAAUGGUGAAAAGUAAUACAAAUCUUUCAUUUACAUGUGGAUCUAGCCGGACGUGUUAAAUUGCCAGUUACGCUCUCACGUUCUUAGGGACUUGCAGAUGCUUAUUCAUCCCAAACAUCUUAGUUGUUUGAAUAAUGAAUUUCCUCCAGGAGUAUUUGCUACUGCCGUGUGUGAAAUAAGUGGCUGCGGUUGGGCUGGUGGAACAGACAGGCUGGCUGUCUCUGAGAGGUAGGAAAGGAAGCCCCCCCCCCAAACCCAUCACUAUUCCUUCUAAGCUGGAUGAAGCUGUUGCUCAAACCGAAGGCUGUGCUUCCAAAUCCACAUCUCUCUCUCGCUCUCUGUACAGUAGCCCUUGACCUUGCCAUGUGUCCUCAUGGCCCAGACACCCGCUUGAAAUUAAAUUACAGAUUAGUGGCUUCAGCUCCUUGGAAGGGUUUAUUUGGUUGCCCCCUCUCUGUGUCACUCUCAUUCUCCCAUUCAGGAGCAUUGAGGAAAUGUCAUGGGAUUUAAGAAAGAAAAUGCCAGCCUUGAAACAGCUUCUACUUCAAAGUCUAUUCUAUGUUGCCUGGCCUCCCUAAAUUCAGGAUGUCUGCAAGGAGUUCUAAAUCUUACAGGUGAGGAAUAGGGGGCAGAUGGCAUGUGGUGAUUACUGUGCUAGAAUGAGUAACGAACAGGGGACACGGAAACCAAAACUCAUACAUUUUUAUUUAUUUAUUUCAUACAAACGUCUUCAGACUUCAAUGUCUCUGUAAGUUUGGCCUUCUCCCAUCAAUUCCAUCAAGCGUAGAUGGAGCAUGAACUCUACACCAGACUCAAUGACUGGUCCUGUCACUGAGUGCUUCUUUAGACACUGUUGUUGCACCUUGAGAUUGAAAAAUCAUUCUAGCGAGACAAGUGGACCAAACGCCGAGCCCUCAUUCAUUUGGAAGACUGUCACACAUAGCACAAUGCUGUAAUUUCAAAUCACUUUCACUUCCACUCUGUAGGUUCUGUGAUUUUUGGCAAAUCAGAAUGGCUUGUUAGCCCUAUAAAUUAUCCACUUCCCUUCAUAUUGAGGUGGAUUCUCAGUCACUCCUCAAGUAUAUAACUCAUCAUGUCAGAGUCUGGCCUCUUUUCAUUGGGAAGUAGGUUUCUUUGAAUGUGCCAACAGAGAAGCUACCCCACAGGGCAAACACUGGUUGAAUCAACAUUGUUUCCAUGUCAUUUUAACCUAAAAAAAAUCCAUCUGAUGACUUUGAAUCAACGUGGAAAACUAAUUAGAUUUGCAAAAAGUCAUCACAUAACCCAAUUUUUUACCAAAAUAGAAUGAAAUUUUUUGUUGUUGAUUUCACACUGAAUUCCCGUUAGUUAACAACUCAACCAAAUGCAAAUCAAAGUUAGACAUUGAACGGAUGUCUGUGCCCAGUGUGUACUGUACUGUAGAGACACUUUCAAAUCAAAAUUACUCACUGUAAACAUAUUUGCAUCAAGUGCUUUUCUAGAGUCCGGAGUAGGUAGCCAGAUUUUUUGUUCUAUUGUGUUGUUAGGAAUAAGUGGAAAGUUAACCUGAAUGUCACAGUUUGUUGAGCAAUGGAGAAAAACUCACAGCCGACAUUUGAAACUGUAUAGUUCUCCUCUCACCAGGGGGAUUGAGUUGUGUAUUUAGUAUGGAGAAAGAAAGCAAUCAAUAAAACAGCUGUUGGUAACCAAGG